CUGGUUAUCUCAGCAGCGAGCAGGCGGCUAGCUCAAAGGAAACUCCUCGUGAACCCUGGCCUGGGGUGCGUUUACACGGGUUCCAAUGGUCUGCACUUGGUUUGUGAAGGGGGUCGCAGCAUUGGCUCUGUUUCUAGCAUCGGGGACCUCCGCACAGCCUUCUUUUGAAGCAUGGGUUCCAUGGAGAGCGCGUAGAGCAUUCCAGACCGUGCACAGCCCUCCGGGGACACACCUUCCUCCCAGGCAGCAGCAGGUUACUGCUCCACCGCACCCGGCAGAGCCGACCCAACUCCGUUUGGGCACGAUUUUAUCAAAUGUCCCUCCUGGCCACAACCGAAGCUAACAAGAUACAGUCAAAGUCAUCCACUCCCACAUCGAAGCGUAGGUUGAGCUCCUCGUCGCGCUGGAAAAUCAUGAAGAGUUUUCUCCGAUGGGAGACAACAUGGUCCAGUAAAGGUGAUUUAAACCCCAACAGAAUCUUUUUAACGGAGGAAACCACCUUUCUGUGGCGCAACAGCUCUUUAACGAGAAACUCGUGGCUGAUAAACGGAGGGACAUUUGAUAAAAUCACCCUCAUGGCGGGCUGCGUGAGCGGUGACACCUGAAGGAACAAGCCGUUCACCGAGAUGCCCAACUCAACCAACAGGUGCGCCUGCUCCACCUCCACAAACAGGACCACGACUCUGUUCAUACGGGCUGCAGACUUGAUGGCACUGUGCUCAAUCACCUCAUCCACCACCAAACACACGUCCUCCACGCUGCACAGAGAUCCAACACACACCUUGAUGCCGUUUUUCCAUGUCACCGUGGAGAAGGUGCCCGAACUCCCCACCACUACCAUGGCGUUCAAGACGCCAACCUUCUACGGGGCAACAUUGUACAGCCACAAACCCCACAAAAAAAUGGCAAAAACUAGAGAAAAAAGGCAUAAACGACAACUAUAUACACAAUAUUUACGAAAAAAAAAAUAGAAAAAAGUUGGAAAAACCACUCAACAAAAUAAUUCUCAUGCCCGCUCUCUUCUGCUCCUUCACUCAGCAUGUCAAGGGGCUGCAUACCCUACAGAAAUUGAAGAGCCGCUCGGAGUGGAGCCUCAGUUUAAUUGGCUACAUUUUCAGCAGCAUAGAGGAGCUGCUGGUGGACCUCAGAAGGGCCUUGUCCAUAUGGAGAUUGUUUCAGGGACCAUUGAGAGCCAGCAGACAGACGCAGUGGUAUCUCCCAUGGUCUUCCACGAUCCUCUGUCCACCCGAGUAGGAACUACUAUCUGUAAAGUAAUAGAUCCUCAGCUGACUGAGAGGGUCGUACAGGAAUCAAGAGAGGAAACGAUACCUGGUGAUUUCGUACUCGUGAAAGACUUGAUUGGAGUUCCUUUUGGUGCUGUGUUCUUCCUCAGCCUUGUGCCAUGGGAUGAAGAAGAGAAUGGAACUGCAGUUCAGGUUCUCCGCCUGGGCAUCAACAAAAUCCUGACUUCCUGUGAGAGAGAAGGUUUUGAAUCUGUAGCCCUACCUGCACUCGGUGCUGGUAUUGCCCUUCGUUUUCCAGUUACUGUGGUAGCGAGGGUUUUACAGGAGGAGGUCUGUAAAUUUGAACAGGAGAGAAGCACCAGCGCACCAGUCCAGGUUCGCAUUGUUCUGCACCCCAAAGAUGAGGAUGCUAAUGAGGUCUUCAACUCUGUCCAAGAAGCUAUGAAGUACAACAGAUGCACUGAAAAUAACCUGGAGAGUGGCCUAAAUUGGAGCUCCAUAACAAAGAGGAUAGUUCUGCUUGGUAAAACCGGAUCUGGGAAAAGCAACCUAGCUAACACCAUUCUGGGGGAGGAUGUCUUUACCGUAUAUCAUUCUCCGAACUCAGGAACAUAUUCAUGUCAUUCAGAGACAAGAACAGUCAAUAGGAGACGCCUAACUUUGAUCGACACACCCGGUUUCUUCGACACCGAGAGGACUGAAGAGGAUUUGAAGCCUGAAGUAAUGCGUUGCCUCACAGAGUGUGCUCCUGGACCACACGUCUUUCUCAUUGUGCUUAAAGUGGACAAAUUCACAAAGCACGAGCAAAAAGUCGUCACCAAAAUCCGCGAGCAUUUCUCUGACGAUGCUUUAAAAUACGCUGUAAUCGUCUUCACUCACGGUGGCCAGCUCCCAGAAGGGAUGAAAAUCGAAGAAUUUGUCCAUCAGAACAAGAAUCUGAGCAAUCUGGUGAAGAUGUGUGGAAGUCGGUGCCAUGUCUUUGAUAAUAAACACUGGAACGGAGAAGAGCAAGAUGUUUACAGGAGCAACCAGUUCCAGUUGGAGGCAUUCCUUCAAACAAUAGACAAGAUGAUUGAGGAAAAACAUGGAUCCUACUACACCAACGAUGUUCUGCAGCAUGUCGAAGAAAAGAUCCAGGAGCAAGAAAAGCAGAUUAGAGAGGUCUCAGAAUAUUUACCCCCACAGGAGAUCAGAAAACAGGCUAAAAGCUUUGUGUCAGAUGAAUUUAUGAUCCAGCUAGCAGGUACUGCCACCGGCAUUGUGUUGGGGGCCUUUUUUGGAGUGGCAGCGUUAGUGGAAGAUGUUUUGAAAGUUGUAAAGAAUCCAACCGACAUCAUAAAACACGUGAAAACCCUAACAUCAAAGGCACCCGGAGUGGCUGCAGCAGCUGCAGCAGGAACUGAGGUGGCAGCUGUGGCCGUUGGGGUGGCAGCAGGUGUUACCACACUAACUGCGGCUACUGUGGGAGGAAUACGUGGCGGAAUCAUUGGACGUGAAGCAUCGAAAGAAGCAAAAACACCAAUGGAGGCAAUGCAGAAAACCGUUGAAGCCAUCAAGGGAGAAAGAAAUACAUUUAAGAUGCUUCAACAAUAGGUUUUUCCGUUGGGAGUU